CAAGUUUCAAGCCGAGGUGAGAGCAGUCCGAUCAUAGAUGUCUACUCUGCAGCUCUUUCGGCGAAUCCGACCACCCAUCUGAACACGAGGAGUGCGCGUGUAACUCCAGAUCGGUAUAAGACUCAUGCUUAUUGGAGAGCCUCUGGAAACAAAUCUGAAGACACACAUCGGGCCCUCUUGUCCUAAGCACUAGAAUGCAACCUUUGGAAGAAUCUCUGGCUGAUCUCCAGCUGUCCUCUGACUUCUCGCUCCUAUUCUCCUCGAGCGAUUAUAAUUUCACGGAUGAGACUGUGCCACCUCGUCCACCACAUGAAGGUACUUUUCACCACGAGAUGUCUCAAGCCCCUGCUGCCUCGCCGUGGUCUGGCUCGCACGCACCCGGCGGGUCGCCAUCUUCCCAUCAAGAUGGCACCUCUUUCUACCACGGCGACGCACCGUACAACCAUGUCGACCCAUCUUUCCACCCCGUCAAUUCAUGGGUUGGCAUUCCGCCGCUUGAACUGCAGCUGCAGACUUUCGAGGGAAUCACCGUGACAUCGUUCGAUAGCUCUCCCCAGCGUAGCACGUUCGUCACGGCCAACUCAUCUGACUAUGACCAGCCUCCGGGGGCCGAUAAGGCUCUGAUUGGCGCCGAGUCGCCGCACACUGAGUUCAGCGGAGUGAGUCCCGCUGGCAGUACAAGCUCGAGUCUCCUUCCGUACGGCAGCCCCGCGACUUUCGAGUCCGACACCGAGGCCGCGCACAACGGCUGGAACACGAACCUCUUGUAUCCACCGGUCCAUCGCCGACGCGGCUCGAAUGCAUCCAGCAACGCAUCCUCGAUCUCGCUCGAGAGCACCCAGAGUCACCCCCACCGCGCCGCUGUGAACACAUCUGCUGCAGCCCAGAGAGCGUCGACAGCUCGGCGCGUGCGGGAUGCCAUCCACGCAUGCCAGCUGUGCUCGGGCACGUUCACCGCCCUGAAUGGUCUCAAAAAUCAUAUGUACAGGCACUUCAAUGUUCGUCCCUUCAGUUGCACAUUUUGCGGAGACAGUUUCAGGACCAAGGCCACUCAGCAACGGCACACUAGAACGAAGCAUCUGGCUAAUAUUUGAAACAGUUUUUGACCUCCAUCUUUGCCUCUUGUCGCUUAUAAUUUGCAGCUAUAUACGUAUUUAUUAUACUUGUGUCCGUUUAUGCCAAUCGUCUCUGGCUCCUUAUUUGUACUGCGCUGAUAAUUCCCGUCUAUAGACCCGCUGUAUUAUCUCUGUUAAAUGCUUGAAUUCAAAUCGAUCAUACGUAAAGAUACAUUAUCGAGACCGUAGCAUUUCGAAGAU